ACCUAUGGCAAACACAAAAGGCCACCAAUAUCAGCAAUUAAAAGGAAUGAGUACUGAUACAUGCCAUGGCAUGUAUGCAAAAAUGAUGCUAAGUGAAAGAAACCAGACAGGAGACCACAUAUUAUAUGAUUCCUUUUGUAUGAAAUGUCCAGAAUAUGCAAAUCUGUAAAGACAGAGGGUAGACUGAUGGCUGCCUCAAGCAGGAGUGAGAAUAGGGAUUAACAGUGCAUGGGUCUGAUGGAGGGGACGAAAAUGUUCUAAAACUGAUGUAUGGUGACUUUACUGAAAAUAUCAUUAAAUUGUAUACUUGACGUCAGGGAAUUAUUGAAUAUGUGAAAUAUACCUUAAUAAAUUUAUUUUAUACUUGAUCUUAGCCAAAAGGCUGAGAAGUGAUAAUAAAUUUAUUUUUGUUUAUUUAUUUUUUAAGACGGAGUUUCACCAUGUUGGUCAGGCUGGUCUUGAACUCCCAACGUCAGGUGAUCCGCCCGCCUUGGCCUCCAAAGUGCUUGGAUUACAGGCGUGAGCUACCACACCUGGCCAAUAAGUUUAUUUUUAAGAAGCAAUAUGAGAAAAAUAAAAGGGCCACCAGAGAAACCAAAUCCAAAUUCUUUUUUAAAACAACUUAGCUACUAGUCUCAUUUUUCAGAUGAAAAAAUUAGGCACCACUUUCUGCCAAAGGUCAUCUCUUGAGAGCCAGCACUGAUCAGCUCAGAAUCUCACUUUAAUGCUGAAGGAGAAGCUGGCUGAAUUGUCUGUUGGCCGCUAACCAAGUGGACCUCUCCUUACUGCUGGUUAAUCACAGACCUGACCAGGACUCUUCCUCCCUGAUACCAUGCUGGACCCAGCUCACAUGGUGCUCAUUACACAGGGUGGGAGCCAAGUAGAGGGUAGUGGGAGUGGACAGGGACAUGCUGGGUGGUUGGCAGUUGGUCAGAAAACAAAUCCAAUGCCUAGGGUCAGGGGCAGUUUGGAGGACAACCCUUAGACCCCAGGAGUAAGGAGGAGACUACAUGUGUUAUGGGCUGAAUGAUGUCCCUGAAAAAUACAUGUGCUGAAGUCUUAAUCCCCAGAAUGAGACCAUAUUUGCAGAUAGGAUCCUUAGAGAAACAAGUAAAAAUGAGGUCUCUAAGAUGGGCCUAAUGCACUAUGACUGGUGUCCUUGUAAGAAAAGGAGGUUAGGACACGGACAUGCAUGUACACAGAGAAAAAGACCACAUGAAGAGAGAUGGAAAGAACAGCCAUCAACAAGCCAAAGAGAGAGGCCUCCGUUGAAAUCAACCCUGCCAACACUUCGAUCUCAGAUUUGCAGCCUCCAGAAUUGUGCAAAAAUAAAUUUCAGUUGUUUAGACCCAGUCUAUGAUACUUUGGUAUGGCAGCCCUAGUGAACUAAUACAACGUAAGAGUUAAAUAAGGAUUUUCCUUUGGUUUUAAAAAAUAAUAAUAAAAAGCCUGGGCAUGGUGGCUCAAACCUGUAAUCCCAGCACUUUGGGAGGCCAAGGAAGGAGGAUUGCUUGAACCCAGGAGUUUGAGACCAGCCUGGGCAACACAGGGAGAUCCCAUCUCUAGAAAAAUAAAAACUUCAGUGUUGCACCCCCAGGACCUAUCUCAGAAGAAAUAUUCAAUAAAUGUGUCCUAGGGAGUAGCUGCUACACCGCAAAGAUGGCGGAGCAAGAGCAAAGAGAAAUCCCUUUGGUUCCAGAAAAUCUCCUGAAAAAGAGGAAGGCUUAUCAAGCCCUCAAAGCCACUCAGGCAAAGCAGGCACUUUUGGCAAAGAAGGAGCAGAGGAAAGGGAAAGGGCCCAGGUUUAAGCGAUUGGAAUCAUUCCUACAUGAUUCCUGGUGGCAGACACGUGACAAGGUGCGUGUCAGACGACUAGAAGUGAAGCCUCACGCCUUGGAAUUGCCAGAUAAGCAUUCUUUGGCCUUUGUCGUACGCAUUGAAAGGAUUGAUGGUGUGCGUUUACUGGUGCAGAGAACCAUUGCAAGACUUCGCCUAAAGAAAAUUUUUAGUGGUGUCUUUGUAAAAGUCACUCCCCAGAACCUAAAAAUGCUGCGUAUAGUGGAACCUUAUGUGACCUGGAGAUUUCCAAAUCUGAAGUCUGUUCGGGAACUCAUUUUGAAACGUGGACAAGCCAGGGUCAAGAAUAAGACCAUCUCUCUGACAGACAACACUGUGAUUGAGGAGCACCUGGGGAAGUUUGGUGUCAUUUGCUUGGAAGACCUCAUUCAUGAAAUUGCCUUUCCGGGAAAGCAUUUCCAGGAGAUCUCAUGGUUCUUGCGCCCUUUCCACCUCUCAGUGGCCUGUCAUGCUACCAAAAAUAGAGCGGGCUUCCUCAAGGAGAUGGGCACACCUGGCUAUCGGGGUGAACGCAUCAAUCAGGUCAUCCGCCAGCUGAACUGGCACCAGGUGCCAACUGCAAUAAAUUUUUAUCAAUGAAGUGGAAGCAUGUGUUUUUGGGUUUGGAGAAUUUGUAUCAAGUAUCUUCAGAGAAGAUUAUUUCCUGCUUUAUCUUUAAAAACUGGAAAGGAAGGGUCAAAGAAAAGACAGUAGCUGGCCAGGCGCAGUAGCUCAUGCCUGUAAUCCCAGUACUUUGGGAGGCUGAGAAGGGCGGAUCACCUAAAGUUGGGGGUUCGAGACCAGCCUGACCAACAUGGCGAAACCCUGUCUCUACCAAAAAUACAAAAAUUAGCGGGUCAUGGUGGCCCAUGCCUGUAAUCUCAGCUACUCGGGAGACCGAGGCAGGAGAAUCUCUUGAACCUGGGAGGCAGAGGUUGCGGUGAGCCAAGAUUGCACCAUUGCACUCUAGCCUAGGCAAUGAGCGAAACUCUGUCUCAAAAGAAAAAAACAGUAGCUAUGUUCAUGGCAAGUACCUCUCAUCACAAUCCAGUUCCAAGGAAAAAUUCCAGCGUUUUCUACAUUGGCUGCUGCCUCAUCUGAAAUCAGCACAUUCCACGGAGGAAGGAGUCCUGCUUUGCUGCAUCUCUUAUCCUAGGGUUUAAUGUUGGUAAUUGAGUAACUCUAGCAUUUGUACAAGGCUCCCUAAGACUCCUGCAGUAGUGGACAAGUCCAGGGACAUAAUUGAAUCUGGUGAUUCCUGGGGCCUUGUGAGAAAGACUUGAAAUACACAUAGGAGGAAAGGUACAAAAAUAAAUGUUUACUUGUCUCUGCAAAAAAAAAAAGAAAAAGAAAAAAAUGUGUCCUAGGACUGAAGCAGCCUGGCCACCUCCACAGGAGCAGGAGCAGAGGCAGGAAUAAGAAGGUAGAAGGGUCCAGGAUUCUCAAGUGGAUAAGUUUCCUACAGCAGGGAGCUGUGAGGCUCCCAGUAUCUGUCUCCCAGGAGGAAGAUGUGCCUGGAGCUGCCACACCUGCCUUACUCAAGCUAUACUAGUGGGCUGUGUUUGAUUUCCAAAUCUGUAUGUGAUACAGCAAAGUGGUUUCUUCUCCAGCAGAGAGCUGUAUUCGCAGAACACAGGGCAAAGCCGGUAACUAGGCACCUUCUCCAGCUGAGGCUCAAGCCUGUCUCCACUGGGGCAUGAGAUAAAAGACAGAAAGAACCAUCGGCAUUGCAUGUAUCUGAAAUGUGGCUGCAGCAGGAAGAGUGAUUUCAACAAUCCUGCCUAACAGGAAUAGGGAGGAGCUUCCUGUGGGCCAAACCAUGCCAGGCCAGCACUUCCCAGGAAAUCUGGGGCUCAUGGCCAGAGAGGGAUUCCCACCUCCAGCAGACUCUGUUAGUUAAGGACUAACAAUGUCCCAGAUCUUAAUGAUCUGUCAAGAACUAUUUUCUAGGAAAUGUCCCCCACAGGGGUGUUUUUCCACUCUGUACCCCUAGGCCCAAGAGGAUACAUAGAGAUGAAGAAAUAAAAUGUUAAGAAACCUGAGUGGUAGCAAAAGAAGACCCAGGGCUCUUUUUCCUGCACCCCCUCCAAGACUUGCUACACAGCCACCUCUACUUCAUCAAGUGGGGCUGGGGAGGUGGACAUGGCAGUCAGGGUGCUGGUGACUCCUAUUCCCUAGCCUCUCCUUUUCCUUCUUUUUGGAAAUCUGCCCUCUAAGCAUUUUGCUAGUUACGACCCUUUCUGACACAACGAAAGAAGGAAAGGAGCUAAAACUUUGAUCAGAUCAAAUAAACCACAUCUGGCCACAUCUCUUAGUGGAAGGAGAUGGAAAAUCAGGGACAAAAUGGACUUGGCGAGAAGCAAGCUUCCUGCCCUCAUGGGGGCAAUGACUGGCCCUUUGAUUCCCAUGUACUCAUCUAAGGAACUCUCACCCCAAAGUCUUGUUAGCCUCACCAGGAGUGAUGCAAGGGUGCCUCCUCGUAGCCAGUCCCAGAGCCAGGGCGGAGGAGGCACAUUCUGCAUGCCCCCGCCACCUUCCCUAGACAGAAAGGGGUAAAGAGCUCUGCCAGCAGGUGGAAACCGCCGUGACCCUGACACCUCCUCUCUACCCUACAUCAUGUCAAACUUCAGUGAGCUCAGGUUCAUCUGGAGGAUGAUUCGACCUCUGUGUGAGUAUCGGGUUCCACUCUUGGGAGUUUCUGGUUCAGGAGGUCUGGGGUGGGGCCUGAGAAUCUGCAUGUUCUCAGAUAAUGCUGAUGCUGCUUGGCUGAUGACCACCCCUUGAGAAACUGCUGCUCUACCACGACUCCUGGCCCCCUCACUCACCAUGGUCAAGACAAAGACAGACGCUGUCGCCUUUCCCCUUUUCUGCAUACCCCCCUGUUGUCUGGUACCCUCAGAGCCAUCUUCAUCCUGUCUUUCCUCUUCCUCUCCACAGCUGCCCCCAAUGUUCUUUUUAUUUUUUCUUCAGAUAAGACCUCUCUCACCCAGACUAGAGUGCAGUACAUGAUGAUGGCUCACUGCAGCCUCCACCUCCCAGGCUCCAGCCAGCCUCCUGCCUCAACCUCCCGAGUAGCUGGGACCACAGACGCAUCCCACCACACCCGGCUAACUUUUUUAUUUAUUUAUUUAUUUUAGAAACAGGGUUUCACUAUGUUGCUCAGGAUUGUCUGCAGCACAGGCUCAAGUAAUCUGCCCACCUUGGCCUCCCAAAGUGCUAGGAUUACAUGCGUGAGCCACCACGCCCAGCCCCAUUAACAUUAUCAAAUGUUCAUUUAAUAAUUGGAUUCCAUGUUCUAGAUGACCAUAGGACACACUGGCUCCAUACUCCAUCAGAAUGCUUUAGGCUUCUGGGUCCACCUGCCCUCCAUCCUGCCCAUGCUACCUAACAAUGCACUGCUGUGGACAUCCUGGCCUCUGUCAACUUGCAAUGUCACUCACCUUGGCGUCUCUCCCUGCCCAUCCCUGCCUUUGCAGCUACAUGCAGUGGAGUCAGAGACAGGACCUUUCCCAGCCAGGAGGGCAGUAAACAGAGUAGCACUCACCGAUGUAGUCAAAGCGUCCCGGGGCUAGGCGCUCUGGCAGGUGUGCAGAGUACAAGAAAGAGGCCAGGAGGGUCAUGAUCAUGUGCUUCUGGUGGUACAAGGAGGCUUCAUUCUGUGCACUCUCCCCUGGGAUCAGGAAUAGCUGCAGGUGUUUGAAGAAACAUCAGGUCUUGAGAGGACAGGCCUGAGGCAGGCCCUCUUCCUUCUCAGCAACUGGAGCUGGGACUUUGGGGGCUCUGACACCCACACAUGUCAGCACACACACAAACUCCAGAAGCCAAGGCCCUCGCCUCCUCAGGUCUGUGGCCUGGGAGAGGAAACUCAGGCACCAUGUGAGCGGAACUCCUACCCUGAGUGUUGUCAGUUGAGACUCAAGACUAUUGUAUUUCAAUCCCCCAAAUGCUCAUAAGAGUUUUGGGUUAUCUACUUACUGAAGGGGGAAAAGAAGGAAAGAAGGAAGGAAUGGGAAAGGAAAAAAAAGGUAAAAAUCCUGUUAACUAAUUGCUACUCUUUCUGGGGAUAAAAUGUAAGUACAGUUGACUCUUAACAUACAGGCUAGGGGCACUGACCCCCUGCAGCCAAAAGUCCAUGUACAACUUCUGACUUCUCCAAACUUAACUACCAGUAGCCUCCUGUUGACUGGAAGCCUUGCCUGUAAGAAACUGUCAACCAACACAUACUUUGUAUGUAGUAUAUACUAUAUUCUUACAAUAAAGUAAGCUAGAGAAAAGCCAGUGAAAGAAGCAAAGGGGUUGGUCUUGCUGUCUCAUGAGUGGCAGAGGUGGAGGAAAAUCCAUGCUAAGUUCAAACCUGUGUUGUUUAAGGGGCAACUGUACAGUAAGUGGUGGGUUCACACCAGAACUCGCUUUUUAUCAGCACAUCCACUGAACUGGUGCUCCUAAUCAAGGCUUUAAGGCCUAGAAACCCUGGGAAGGCCUUCUGAAUCACCCAAAAGUAUCAGUGAUGGCCACUAUACUGUUUCAGAGCUACAUACAGUUUUUGUAUUAUUGCUGUAAACAGCCAUAGUAGCUAGCACUUACCAAGGGCAGCAAGCCAAGCCUCUUCCAUGCAUCAUUUCAUCUCAGCCACAAUUAGCAUAAGGCAGACUCUCACUUUCCCCAUUUUGUAGAUGAGGAAAGUGGGCCGGAAAGUGACUUGCACAUCACUUACUGAGAAGUGAAGUCGGCAUCUGAAUCCAGCCAGGCUGAUUCCAGCAUCAACAUCACCACUUAGAAUUGGACCUCCCCUUCCUCUGCCCUCCUCUGACAGCCACAUGCCAGAAGCACACAGCGUUUGUCACAACACAGGGCCUGCACUGCCUGAUUUGGGGGUGCAUGGGACAGAAUUGUUCUGCCUGCUUUCGGUUUCCUGUGUGUGGUUUGCGCCCUUGAGGAAGGAGUGAGGGCAACGGGCGGCACCCCCAUCUUAGGGGCUCCCUCAGAUCCACAGAGGCAGAGCACAGAGAAUGUGCUCAGUGCCCCAGCUUCUGGAUGGAGGCACUGGAUCUGCCCCUCCCUUUGCCCCUCAGCCCUACCAUCUGGGCUUCAGUCUUCAAACCCACAGGACACUGCCUCUAGGAGGGAGCUUCACUCACUGGGUACUGGACAGGCACUCGGGGCCUAGCAGAUCCAUUGUUUUGAUUAAUCAUCAUUACCUGAUACAAAGGAGGGGCUGGUACUCUCAGGUACAGAUGAGGAAACUAAACUGAGGCUCAGAGUUGUGUGCCCUGCCUGAGGUCACACAGCCAGUGAGCAGUGGGACCAGAAUUUGAACUCAAGCUUAUAUGGUUUGAAAGUGCAUGGACUUUCCCCUUCCUGUCCUGCUUGUCGUCCCUCCUACACCGUUUUCCUUUAUGCUUUCCAUCUCAUUCCCAUCACUCCUUUAAGACCCUCAUUCAUACCUUUUCCUUCAGUACUAACCACAUACUAGAUGAUAGAAUCAUGCAUUCGCAAACUCCUGCUACCAGUCAGCACUUUACAUGCUCUCCGUGUCACCCUCCCCAUGGCCCAUGAGGUGUUAUCAGGCCCAAUUUACAGAUGAGGGAAAUCGAGAUGUAGAAAAUUUGUCCAAGGUCUGACAGCAGGUAUUAGAGAUCCACCUGUAGAGUUCGCCCUCCUGCUCACCCCGAAAGCCCCAGGCUGCCUGCUCACCCCAAAGCCCCAGGCUGCCUGCUCACCCCAAAGCCCCAGGCUGCCUGCUCACCCCCAAAGCCCCAGGCUCCUGCUCUGCCUGGCUCUGACGUUCCCGAGCCCCCAGUCAUAUUGUCUGUCAGGGCCUCUGUGUUUAUGCCAUCUCCUAACCACUCCUCCAGUGCCACCAAGGCAGCACCUGGGUCUCAACUCCUGUUUUGUUCUAUGGUUUGCAUUGCAGUGUUUUGACCCCCAGAAGCUCAGGAAGCAACUGACUUCCUGGCAUUGCCAACAGGCAGAGAGGAUUUGCAGCCAGUCCUUACCCUGUAGAAGAUGGGGAGGGAGUCCCAAAUGUAGGGAUAAGCAAAGGCGAGGAUGCGAAUCACCUUACAGAGUAUGGGCUUCUUGAUUUCAAGGAACCUAAAUCAGGGAAGGAAAGUGGGGAGGAAAUGGAAUGAAAAGCAUCUCAGUAAAUUACACACACACAGGCAUACACACCGAGUGCCUGGUCAUCAACAGAGGACAAGCAUUUUUGUACAAGCUCCAUGGCCAGCAGCUUCUCCACCAGCCUCGUCCAUUCCUCCCACCCCGAUGAAAGCGACAAAACUUCAGAUGCAAAAAGAUCUCCAGAGAGACCCCCUCCUGAGAGUGGGAAGCAGUGGUGUCUAGACUAAGCCAGAAAGGAGGUGCUGGGCAGAAACCCUUCGAGGGCCAAGUUACAUAACUGCCAAAGAGCCUUUUAAAACCCUAGUUACUAUGGGGACAGGUAGGGGGAAAGGGGGGCCCACUGGCACAGACGCUUGGGGAGCACACUGCAAAGGCAGAGAUGCACCCAUCUAGUUGGAGGCCGGGUAUUGUCAUGAAGGAGAUCUUCGUUCAAGUAGGAACUUGAUCCUUGGAGAGCUUUCUAGAAUAUUUAUACCACACACAGGGACACUUGGCUUGGGAAAACUAAAUAAACAUGAAGUCUUUC